AUGAUACAAUAUAUACGCUACCUCGUCAUUCCCCUACUGAUCAUUACUCCUGUCAUCGGAUUAUCUUGUUACGCGUUCGAUCAUUACUCGGAGACUGUUCGCACUGUCCACCAUCGGACCUUCUGCACGGCUGUUUUUCAUGUAGCCGUGGGAACCGGAGCAUUCAAUGGUAGUGAUCGUCAUCCGUCUCAAGUUGCGACCAUUGUAAAUAUGACAAAGGGUGAAGAUUGUGUCCUGAAGGUGCGUUUUUGA